GGACAGAAUCAGUGCUGACCAGAAACUAUAAGCUGCUGCACAAAUAAAUGAUUAACACAUAUGCAGUAAAUGGAAGAAAAUUGCCAGAGAGCUCUUCUAGUGAGCUAUGGAUGAAAGUGAAGACGUGCCAAAAGAUUUUAUCAAGCUCAAGUCUGGAAAGCUGUCUGUAGAUGAAGUGUCAGAGCUGGUCAUUUCGCCAUACUGUGGGGCAGUGUCUCUGUUCGUUGGUACUACAAGAAAUAAUUUUGAAGGGAAAAAGGUGAUUCAUUUAGAGUAUGAAGCAUAUACUUCAAUGGCAGAGACUGAAAUAAAGAAAAUCUGCACAGAUGUUAGAAAGAAAUGGCCAUCAGUCAAACACAUUGCAGUACACCAUAGACUUGGCUUGGUUCCAAUAACUGAAGCAAGUGUAAUUAUUGCGGUCUCCUCUCCACACAGAGCAGAAUCCCUUGAAGCUGUGAGGUACUGCAUCAACACCUUAAAAGCAUCCGUCCCAAUAUGGAAAAAGGAGAUUUAUGAGGACGAAUAUUCUUGGAAAGAAAACAAGGAAUGCUUUUGGGUAAAUUCAAAAAAAUAACUGUACUCUUUUAAAAAUAAAAUCUUACUGUUCCUAAGACUUCCUAAAAUGCUGGUUUAACUUUGAAUCUAUAUAUGUUACAGAGAAUCUGUAUGUUUUUAGACAAGUUGUAAUAGAUAUUUCAGUCUGAAUAAUUUAAUUAGGACUGAAUUAAAUGAAUGACUGAUAGGGUUCUUAAGUGGUCUUGAUUUUCCUUUAAAAUCAUCUCUUUAUACUUUUUCAUCUAGAGUCAUUUUUUAAAACAAUCGUCUCUAAAAUUCCUGAUUGCAAGAGUUUGAUUCCUCUGUGUUAUAUAUACUGCUUUAAUGCCUUUAUGUUGAUAAUCUGUGUUCAUUGUCUGUAUGGGAUGGGAGGUCAUAACAGGACAAUUAUGCUUUUUUUUUUAACCUUAAAAAUAUUCCUGAGUUUAAUUUUGUAUGAAUGCAGAAUCAUUUUGCAAGCUUAACGCUAUUUUGACAUUGUUGUAACAUGAAAGCUACUUGAAGUAGAUUAAACAUUUUGAUACCGACAGAGGAGAAAAUAUAAACUAUACCCCAGAGUUAUUAAUUUUUCAGUAGUGAUUACUUUCUGGUAGCUGUGUCUCACAGAAAUAUUUUUACUGUGCAGCUGAUAUUACAAGUCCAUUACAUUAAAAAAAUAUGGACAAACCUUGUCUCAAAGUUAGAUCUAAUACUCCACCAGCAACAAACUUGUGUUAGCAUUAGCACGCAAACCCUUAACUACAUCAUAGUGAUGUCUAGAUAGGAUUAAUUUUCAAGGAGCUUUUGUAACUAUGUAAUUCUAUGGUGUGGCAGAAGAAAGCCAGCUUCUUUUACAAAGAGGCAACUCUAAGAAUAAAUGGCUUUAGUAGUUUGACUUUAGAUGGGUUAGCAUUUAAAGUCAUCAGAAUGUAUUGGUUCUUCAAAGGACAAUGAAAUCUAGUAUACUUCUUACAGUUUAUAUUCACAUUUUAAACUUCUAGUACAGUUUUGUUACUAUUAUGAAACCUACCUAAAGAGGAAGUAAGCAUGGACUUCCAUUGAAAAUCAGCUGCUUACCAAAGAAAGAUCAUUUCUUCAUAGUAUUAUUCUGUGCCAUGAUAGUGUUUGGAUGCUCAAAGCCCCAUUGUGUACAGCAUUUUUAUUAAUGUUGAGAGGCAGUUUUUACCUAAUAAUUAUUACCAAUGUAGACAAGAUAGAUAUAAAGGAUGGCAAAUGAAAGAGGUAAGGAGAAAUAAAAUGAUUUGCUCAAGCUCAUAUAUUAUUACAUCAUACAACACUUGGGCUUUAGCUGUAUAAUCUAUUUAAUUGUGUCUGUAGUGAAAAUCUACAAACAGCUGUUUGCUGCACAAAAUAAAACUUGAAAAAUAGGCAAUGAUAUCUACUCUCCCCAGUGUUAUCUGUGAGUUCUAAUAUGUAGUGAUGUCUGUUUUAUCUGGAUUAAUUAAAUCCUAGUGAAAUACAAAACUUUAGGCAGGAGUAUGGUUAAACUGUGCUUCUUACCUUGUGUACUGUCCCUCAAUGGAAGUGAGAGAUAGCUCCUCUGCAGGACAGCUGUUCCUUGCGUGCACACACAUACGUAGCCUCCAAACCAUGUGGGCCUUAUUAUCUAGGCAGAGCUGAGCAAGUUCAAGGUUGAAUUUUCAUUUGCUUUGGAUGUUGGAGAGAAGCCCUCCGCUAUUUGUAUGUCAUUUUUUCUGGGAAUUGUACAGAAUCCUGAUUACAGAUCACUUCCUCAACCUACUAAUUCUUUUUGUUAAAGUAACUAAUACAGACUGUUUCCUGUUUUUGGCAUUCAUUUUUCUACAUUAACUUGUUUACUGUUACCAUGCAGCUAAUGAGUGUGCUAAUUCCAAACAAAUAUAUGUCUAAUUUGCCUUGUCGUGGAUGCUUUGUAAAUGAAGUAAAACCUAUGCAGUGCUUGUAAGCUAGUGCUGUGCUUUAAUACAGAAAAACAGUGGUAUUUAGAACAGCUAAAUCAUGCGUGGGACUUCAGAUUCAGAGGCAAUUCCUGUCUUUCACUAAUGCUUGUCUAGUGCUGCAGUCUUGUAGAAGAUUUAUCCAGGGUGACCUUAAAUGCACCUUCCCCAUCAGCAAUGCAGCUGGGAAGGAGGGUGCAGAAAAAAAAGAGAAGGAAUAAUAGUGUACUUCCCCACUGUGACCAGGAACAAUGAAUGGAAGAGAUGUUGUACUGAGUCACAACUGAGUGUUACAAUAUGUGUACACUGCCAUGGUCAAAACAAUGAAAUGUCAUUUUGUGUCCCUAGCUGUGCAUGAGGCAAGUACUGCUUUGUUCUGGAACAAUGAUGUAUCAGGAUUGUGUAACUUUGGGUUCUUCAGCUGGCAUCUGAAAGAGAAAUGGAAGAGCCCCCUCGGAGGGAUGAUGAGCAUAAUUAGAGGUAAAAUGUGUAUCUCAGAAAUUUAAGUACAGACUCUGAGCUAGUUGUUGAGCCUUCUGUAGGGCUCUGUGCUCUGCUGGGCAAAUGUUAUCUUAAGAAAAGGCAAAUUAUUCUGUCCUAAGAUAGCUGCCUAAGGCUAUGCCUGGAGUGACCCAAAAGUGCUUCCAAAUUUCCAGGCUGGGGGAUGAACCCCAGCUGCUUCUCACUGUGUGUCAGGGAAGGAUGUGGUUGAACAUGUCCUGGUUUUCACACACACACACAAAACUAGGCUGCUGGUCAAAAAGUAUCUUGUGUUCUGACAAGGUCUGUAAGCUGCCUGAUGGGCAGCUGAGGAGCAAUAUAAAGUGCAGCCCUAGAUUUCUGGGAUAUGUCUAGCAGUUUCUUUCUUUUGGCUAUAGAGGAGCAUAAUCCCACCCAUAUAAGGCUCUUCCAGCUGUGUGACAGCAAGCUGCAGAGCCAGCAGCUCCAAGUGGAAGUAGGAGUCACUGGGAACAGCCACUGAAGACAGAGCGUAGAUGUGUGAUUUGUGUAGAGAUAGGCAAGCCAAAGUGUAUGGCAGGGAUGGAAGUGGAUGUCUGCAAUGCUAGAAUUUGUCCUUUUGAGCAAAUGACUUGAUGUUGACAGGCAGUAUUUGGAUACAGACUGUCGCUUUGGCUGGCAGAAUGUCCACAUAUUAACAUUGCCUAAGUCUGAAUUUCCUGCUUCAUAAUAUUUCGUUUUGUUCUUAAAAGGGGUUCAGACUGACACAUAGUAUGAAAGCAUUAAGUGAUGGAAGAGUAUGGAUUAACUGAUGGAAGCCCCGAAAUACAUUUCGGGGGGGGAGGGGGGGGGGGCUGUGUUAUAAGGAGCCUACCCAGGAGAUGGCAGUAGAGAGACAACUGUGCCGGGCAGGGAGCUCCUGCUGCACAGGUCUCCUGAGUGGUCCAGCCUGUUUGCCUGGAUUUGGGGUAUGCUGGGAGAUGCAGGCACUCACUUCUACUGUAACUCACGGAACUGUCACUGUUGCUCUCAGUAAUGAAGCCGUUAAAUUACUCAAUUCUAAAUUAGUCUACUCCUGGAUUUUCUUUCAGCUCAUUUUUCCUAUAGCUGUUCAGGGAAUUUGUAGCUUCACAGAAACAUUUGUUUAAUGUACUCGUCUGUCCUGUCAAAAACAUAAGGAAGAAGAACUAGUAAAACUAACUAUAAACAAAGUGUAAUGAAAACAGAUGCUAAACCUUCAAAAAAAAAAAUAAAAAAAGAAAACUCAAUUUUAAGCUGUUCCAGUAAGUAAGUGUUGUCCUGUGGAGUUACUUGAAGAAUGUGAGCAAGCUUUUGUUACUCUGUCAUAUCCAAAGCUGGGGUGUAAUGCAGACAAGUCCUUAUAUAAGGCAACUGGUUCUCAAUUCUGCAAAAGGCUUAAUCUUGCUGAAAGAUAGAAUUUUGUGCCUUAAGAGCAGGGUCAUCUGUAUUAUGGAAACAUUAAAGUUUCAAGUUGGAAAGUUUAUCUACCACUAAUAAAGUAUGGAGGAGUUAAGAGGGAAAAAAGUAAUCUCCACAAAAGUGUCUAGUUUUCAGGUGGUACUGUCAUGACUGUCUGUUGUCUUCCCAGUCAUAGCCAAAUUCCUCCCUCCCCUCCUUUCCCACCCAUCUCCCUUGGCACUGCUGCAUUCUGCUUUUUCAUCAUGUGGUAGGAAAUAGCCAGAGUUGUUGCCAGGAGAUGCUACUAUUGAGCAAUUCUGUAUAUAACAAACUAUUUGAGCAGAGGGCAUGGGGCUGGCAGAAUAGAUGCAAGGGAAGUGAGAUAACCACAUGCGAUUAUAUAAAGGCCUGGGCCUAGUGUGGUUUUAUCAUCGAUGUGUUUGAACUCAGAGCUAUCCACAUACAGGUAUUCUGCACUAAUGUGAACUGACUUACUUAUAUUACAAUAUAACUUAUUAUUGGUGUUACACUCAUGACGCUAACCUACAAAAAUUUAAAUGCAGCUUCUUUCUAAACCUAGCAGAGUCGUCAUCUUAAAGUAUUCAGUGUGUGCUAGUGGAACAAAAGCAUAUUUGGCGCCAUUUUAUGUUGUGCUUUUUCAGUACCAUUUCUUUCCAUCGAAGAGCUGUUCAAAAAUAAAUGACUCUAUGUUCAGCAGUA